AUAGCAUAGUCUUGCUCGUCAAAUUACCCACAACUGAACGGCCAUUAAGAAAAAUGAAGAAUCGAGCCAACGAUGAAAUAGUCAUCGAUUGUCAACAUCCGCUGCUGCCAAAGUGACAAGCUGUCAUUGGAUGUUCCUUAACAUUUAUCAUUGUGUGAAGCCAUUGCCGAAAAUUCAGAAGGAAAAUCUCCUACAACUAUUUAAUUGGGUUAAAAUCUUCUGGAUAUCUCUCAGUCGUGUACUUAUUUUGGAAAAAUGCCCUUACGACGCAGGCUAGUUCCAACAUACAAGUGCAUAAUAAUCGGCAAUACGGGAUGCGGAAAAAGUUCCUUCAUCCAGCGUCACUUGACCGGCCAGUUCAUGCAGCAGUAUAUGCCCACAUUCGGGAUCACGGUGAUCAAACUUAUAUUCGACACAACUCGCGGCCCAAUCUGCUUCGAAAUGUGGGAGGGAGGGAAGGCCGAGUACGUCCGAUCCGAGGGUCCGAAUCCAUUUUUUAAGAAGGUCCACUGCGCCAUCGUAAUGUUCGACGUCAGCCUGAAGGACCCAUCCAAGAACUUUGCAGCAUUCCGCGCCAUGACAGAGAUGGUCUCGCCAGACGUGCUUAAAUACGUUUGUGGCAACAAGGCGGAUCUAGGGCUGGGCAAGCCCAACGAUCGGCGGAAGAAGAUCUACCGCUGUACAAAGAUGUCUGUUAAGACCGACGUGAACACUCUGGUUCCCUUUCAACACCUCGCGCGCAGAAUUUUCAAAGACCGCUCGCUUCAGCUCAUGCCCAGGCCAACAAUGCUGCCGGCACAAGUGGAGCCCCCUCGCCAGGAGAGACAGGCAGAAAAAGAUAAAGAGAAAAAGAAAGAGAAACAAUUUAAGAUCAUGCGCAGGAAGACAGAUGCAUGAAACCAAAGACAGAGUGUGUGCGCGUGUGUGGCUGCUACAUCGGGUGACACAUCAAAAAACACCUAAAGGUUAUAAAGGUUAGAGGUUAGGUUAUCGUUUGCCUCCGACAGUACUUCAAUAAAAUGUUAUUUGGUGUUCUGUAAUGGAAACAAAUUUGA